GCGUCUGUAUCAGCAAAGCGAAAGGUGCAAAACGGAGGGCGAAAAUCAAGCGAAAAAAGGCGGCUGCAACAAACAAGAAUUCUCGUUGUUCGUGGUUUAAAUAAAACAGCCUCCAAGAUUAAUAAGAACGAGCAACCAGCGGGUCGCAAGUCGCUGACGAAGAUGGCAAUUCAGUUGGAUAAGAUUCUUGCGCAUAUCGCUAAGGAGAAGGCCCUGCAUCCCAACAAUGGCGGCUCGACCAAGCAGGAGCAGGAGGAGGCUUGGGCCAGGAUUGGACGCCUCAACAAGCUCUCCGUGCACGAGUCGCGCUCCAUCUUCAUUGUGCUACAGAAGAAGUAUGAACAGGAGAAGCUAAAGGGCAACUCGGGGUGGAAGCUGUUUGGCCUGAUGGACCAAAUCCACCAGGAGCCCAAGGUGCCGAUGAAGGAUGAAGACGAGCAAGGGGCCAUGGACGAGGUGGAAGAGUACGAAAUGCUGGAGGUUCAGGAGCAGGAGGAGGAGGAAGAACACGCUGACAACAUCCCGUUCGGACAGCCGGCCAAUUCAACCGGCUCAGCCUCUUCCGAUGGCGAAAGCCCCACAAAGUCGCACGGCACCAGUUCGCCAGAGAAAGAGGAGCGUUUGCCCUCCAAGCCCAUGGUGGACACACCACGUCCUGCUUUCGAGGAAAAGAAGCUACUCAACACAAUGGCCAACAACACUCCACGAGCCACGACAAACAGCUCGGUGUCCGCCGCCGCGGCUGUACUCCAAAAGAAGGGCAUCACCGUAAAGAAAACUCCCAGCUCGGCAGCCGGGGCUGGACAGAAAUCUACGCCAGGCCAACAGACAACUAGCAGUGGCCUCAGGUCGGCUUCACGUACCACCAUUCAGUUGCCCGAUUCCCUGAAGCGCAAGCUUUCCGAGGAGUACCCCUCGCCUACACAAAAGAAGCUGCCAAAGACGACCAGUCCUAAACAGGCAGCUCCGCCUGCUCCAGCGCCCCUUCCGCCAAAUGUGAGCGUUUCAGAGGCAGUGCCGAAUGCCAGCGUGGUGCACACAACCACUGCCCAGCUUAUGCAGGUGAAGAAGGAUCGCGAGAGCAACCAGACCCCGCCGCCAGGUAUCAAUAUCAUUACUAUUCCGCCGUCUCAGCAAUUAAACGGCGCCGGUGUCGGUGGACCCACAUCGUCGACGGCCGCCACCGUUGCCUCCACCUCGGUGGCUUCCACUAAUGGCUUUUCGCCACACAUCGACGAUCUGGACUUUAAGAAUGAUAUCAUCUUCGACUCGAAGUUAAAUGCCGCCACAUCCAAUACCCCCGAGAUUAUCAACUUCGGCAAUUUUGACAAUAUGCUGCCGCCGACCUUUUUCAAGAAUCUGUGCAACUCGUCGCGCCACGAGUCCCUUGGUCUGUAUGUGGCCAAUGUGAUGAACCGACUGUCGUCGCGGGCCUCUGCCAAACUGGAGCUGAGCAUCUUGCGGGCCAUCCUUGAUGCGCAUACCGACGAACUGGAGCAUUAGCCCCAAAAGCUUACAAUUAAUUCAACUCUAGACAACCCAUGAUGAUUACUCAGCUUACACAUUAGACAAACUCGAAGGUAGUUAUGUAGUCUUGCUUAUACAGUUUCCUGCUAUUGCCGCGUUACUGUGUGUAUUCGUGUUUAAAAUAUCUGCGUUGUGGCGCACACCAACGUAUUAAAAGCUGUUUUGCCCGAUGAUAGGUUAUAUUGGGUUUCGAAUUGAUCUAAUUCGACUCUGUGCAUGCCGCCACAACGCCUUAUUUUAAAUUUAGUUGUAAGAUACCAUAACUUUUAAUUGAAAUUCCCAUGUGUCAGUUCAUCUUAAAAUAUGUUCAUUUGCAAAUAAAGCUACAUAACUUACUUGAAACGGUCA